AGAGCUUCGACUGUGGAGGAAAAUUUAUACGUCUAUUACAUUUUCCUCUUGAGCUUCAGUAGAAAAGCUCAUAGCAGCCUGCAAUUUAGGAGUCUCCCAGUAAGGGCAGAGACCAAGCAAAGGACCUGCUUAGCAUUAAUGGUGUAAUUCUAGCAGGUACCUCCAGACCAAGAUCAGGCAAGAAAGAGCAAAGGAAGGCGUAUUACUGAACAUUUUUUUUUAAAAUAAUGAUUAUGGAGAAUCUGCACAAAUUCAAUCUAGACAAUGAAAUAGAAAUAGGAAAAAUGUUCUCAUAUCUAGGGUCAAAAUGGAUAGAAACAGCGACUGCAGCUUGUUUGGAGGUUCUAGUAGGGGAGCACAGCUAUCGUAUCGAUGCAAAGAGGCCCAAAAGUAUUGGAGAAUGAUACACUCCCUCAUGUCAGAGAUUCUGCAAAUCGAAAUACCCUUCAACCCACUUCUUUUUCUUUUAAAUAUAACAUCUGAAAUGAGUAAAGAAACGGGGGGAAAAACAGGUGUUUAGUGUUGUAUAUGAUGACCUCUACAAGAAUCAUAUACGCAAGAUUAUGGAAAAGACCAGAAAUCAAUAAAAAUGAAGAGUGGUUAAGGAAAUUAUAUGAAGCUAUGGAGAUGGAUAUUCUCACAACUCUUAUGAGAGGAGACAAGAAUGAAAAGAUUGAAGAAGAUUGGCUAUGUUUUAAACUAUACAGAGAGAAAAAAUUACUGAACAACGACUCAAUGUCAGAGCUUGAAUGAAAUAUUAUUUAAUACAGGGUUCCACCCAUAAAGGUAGAUAAACUAUAGAGUUUAUAAGUGAUUACCUCUGAAAAAUGUGAUUCUUUUUUCUUUUUCUUUUGUUCUUGUUUAAAAGAUACUGGAAUUAACAGAUUAUUGAUUACAUAAAGGAAACUAAGUAAUCAGAAGGCUUAGAAGACAAGAUUUUCAUCUUGGAAGUUAAAGUAUCUUAUCAGAAAACUGGAAAUUUAGCUUUUUAUGGUUGGUUUUUUAUCCUGCCAGAUGGGAUUCUAUCGUCACUCGCUGUCAACUGAGCGGUGCCUCAAAUGCCCACCCAACAGCUCUUCCAGUUUCCGUGCAGCAGCCAAGUGCCCCUGCCUCAAUGGUUUCUUCCGGACACCCACUGAGGACCAAACUGUUGCCUGCACCCGUCCUCCUUCUGCCCCCCACAAUGUUACCUUCUCCCUUGUGGGGAGCCAGGUCUCACUUUCGUGGCAACCUCCCAUUGAUCAGGGUGGGCGCAGUGAUCUCUCCUACAAUGUCUCCUGCCAACGCUGCAACUUUCUGGUGUGUGAGCCCUGCGAGAGUGACGUGGUUUUUUCCCCCAGUGCAUUAGGCCUGACAAGGCCAAAUGUGGUUGUGGAUGGCUUGGAAUCUUAUACCAAUUACAGCUUCACUGUACUGGCUCAUAAUGGUGUGUCAGGGCUUAGCUCUGCCUCACACAAAAGUACCAGUUCUCCCAUCUGGGUUACUGUAGGCCAUGCAGGUGAGUCACUGUGGUGAAUCUGGGGAAGGGAUCUUUCAAACCUGUGGAAGUGAGCAAGCAAAGCAAAAAAAAAAAGUUUUAGAGAUACCUGCACUGUAAUUUUCCUGUGUAGUUGUGUGCUUUCAAGUCAUUUUGGAGUUAUGGCAAUCCUAAGGCAGAUCUAUCAGGAGGUUUUCUUGGCAAGUUUUCAGAGGAGGUUCACCAUUGCCUUCCCGUGAGACUGAGAGCAUGUGACUUGCCUAAGGUCACCUAGGGGAUUUCAUGGCUGAGCAGGGGUUUCAGCCGUGGUCUCCAGAGUCCUUGUCCAACACACAAACCACUAUGCCAGGCUGGCUAUUUUAUGUUAUGCCACCUUUAUUAGCUAAAUGCAACCAGGGCCAUUGAGGCAGAAUACUCUGGGGGUAGCCCAGAGUAAUCUGGCCUUGGACUGCUUCCACCUCCCCAUGUUAUCUAAGGCCCUCCUUUCUGAUGCUGGACAGUGUUUGCAUACACAUUCCACUGUGUUGCUUAGCACUACUCAGUGGGAGCAAGUCACUUGCUUCUGAGGUCAGAAAGAGGCACCCAGCCUUUAUCACAAAGCUGGAUGCCUUUUACUGAUCUCUGAGAAAAUGCCAUGCAGCAGUUGUGGCAAUGCCAGGUGGCAUAGUGGGACAUAUUUUAAACAACCAGCCACCAUCAGAAUGGAGGGCUCUGGAUCUUCCGGGAAGAUGCAAAGCAAGCAGGGACUUUUUUAAACACCAUUAUAAGAGGAGUAUGUCCUGGGUUUGGACCAUAUGUCAUCGACACUGUUCAAGUUAGACUUGGGGUUUGUGCCCUAUGUUGUCUCGACCCCCUACCAAGAGGACCAGGGGAAGCAGGUUUAUUUGGCCCAUGCAAACAGGGCUCAGGUAUUUUUGUGUGUAUAUGUAGUCAAUUUGCUGUUAAUAUGCAGUUGGUAUGAAGGUUAGUGAGAUAUUAUAUAUAAUUCUGACUAAGAAUAUGAGUUGU